AUUUAGGUGUUACCUGAAUUUAUCGCAUAUGUUAUGUAAAUUACCAUGUGGAAAGAAGCAGUGCUGAUUUGCUGUGUUGCCCUAUGGUUAGGGAAAGAUGUCAUACUUGGUCAACCAGAUGACAUUUGUUUGGCGUGUAUUUGUCAAACAGAGGGUUGUGAGAGAAACUUAGGGCGCUGUGAGCGAGAUGCUACCGGGGAAUGGAGGUGCGGACCAUUCAAUAUUGGCGAGGCUUAUUGGACUGACUGUGGACGAUUAGAAGGGGAGUUUAGGACAUGUGCCAUGACAAUGGAUUGUUCUGUACAAUGCGUCCUAGCCUAUAUGGAGAGAUAUAAUACGAGUUGUGGAAGUACCCCCUAUACAUGCGAACAAUACGCGAAGCUACACCACCAUGGACCAGGUGAUUGUAAAAUAGGAUCUGACUCGGAUUAUUGGAGAGAAGUCGAGAGAUGUCUGUAUGGUUGAACAAUCAAUUGAAAUAUGGAUUCAAAAUGGAUUUGAAAUAAAGUGUAUUCAGCAUUUAAUUACAAAUGUGAA